AUGUACCAGAAUGGCGGUGUUACCGGUGAUAUGGCGGCUGGCCCGCCGGGCAUGGUCCAGAUGUCGCCCUUCGUGGACCAGAACGGCCUGCUCGACGGUAUGGACGUGAACAUGCUGUCUAUGGACCUCGAUCUGGGAGCCAUGGGCCCCGACCACGACGCCCCGACCCAGUCGUACAACACCCCGAUCGCCGCGCAGCCGCCGCACUCGCAGUCCACCCCGGCAGACUCCAACGACGCCUUCGCCGUCCAGCCCACCGUUUCCAACAGCUACUCCAUGUCCGGCAUUGGCGCAGGCCCGCUCCCCACGGGCUUCGGCAUGCCCAGCCAGAACCCGUCUGGCAGCACGCUGACCGAGUUCACCAAGCGCCGCAAUUGGUCGCAGCGCGUCAUCGAAGAGUUGCGCGACCUCCUGCACAUCCUCACCCCCGACGGCCGCAUCGUCUACGUCUCGCCUUCCUGCAAGACCCUCACCGGCUGGGAGCCGCAGCAGCUCGUUGGCCGCGUCGUCACAGACUUCAUCCACAGCGAUGACAGCGGCAUCUUCAUUCGCGAAUUCAAUGAAUCCAUUGCCUCGCAGAAUGCGCUGCGCUUCUUCUACCGCUUCCGCAAGGCCGACGGCGCCUACGUCAUCUUCGAGUCACACGGCCACGGUCACUUCGACCAGCCGGCCCCGGGCUUUGCAGGCUCGAGCGCCUUCGCCUACUGCCGAGGGUUCUUCAUGAUGGCUCGGCCGUAUCCGAUCAAGAACACGUCACUGCUGGACUCUUUCUUGGAACAUAAGAUCGAGAACGAGCGCCUUACGAAGCGGGUUGCGGAGCUGAAGCGCGAGGAGCAGGAAGAGCAGGAAGCGCAGGAGAGGCACUGGAUGAAGAAGCAGGAAGGACACAGCAGUGUCACACCAUCUGUAACGGAUGCAGCCAAAACAGGCAACGAGACGCCCAUGUCCAACAAUGGCAUGCCGCCGCCACCGCGACCCGGAGUUUCCAACGCAGCCCUCACACGUCAAAAUCUGGAUGAAGUCCUCGCAGCCUCGAAACCGGAUAGCAUCAACGAUAAGAUGGCGCGCUACGAAGGCGCCACGCACAUUGACACGAUUGAAAUGCUUACCGGGUUGAGAUACCGUGACGGAGAGAGAUCGCAGGGUAUCAGCACGGGAGACACCAGUCCGGCUCUGAUUCGGGGAGAUGCGGGCAUCGCCAUCUUAGUCGACAAGGAAAACAGAGGGAGUUCAGACAAAAAGAAGAAGUUGAAGGUUGCGGAUGAGUAUGUGUGCACGGAUUGCGGCACGUUGGAUUCGCCUGAAUGGAGGAAGGGUCCAAAUGGGCCGAAGACUUUGUGCAACGCCUGUGGAUUACGAUGGGCGAAGAAGGAGAAGAAAAGGCAAAGUAUGACCGCAAACGGGUCGCAGCAGCCACCAUCAUUGCCAAUGGGAACCAGCAGCGGCAGCGGCUAA